AAUCCACAGAAGUUACUUAGACAAGUUCGGCUCUAUAAUUCAAACAGUUGGUUCGUCGUAACCAUCUCGUAUUGUCCAUCUCUUAGAAAAUCGGCCUGUAGACAUGGCAGAUAAAGAGAAGAAAAAGAAAACUAAGAAGAAGGAGGAGGCACCAGCUGCCGAACCUGAGCCAGCACCAGUUGAAGAGAAAGCACCAACUCCACCUUCAGGUACACCAAAAGACUCUGGUUCCGCCAGAGCAAGCAGUCGCGGUAGCCGCAAGGCUAAACGCAGCGGAUCCAGUGUCUUCUCUAUGUUCUCUCAGAAACAAGUGGCCGAAUUUAAAGAGGCAUUCCAGCUAAUGGACGCGGAUAAAGACGGUAUUAUUGGUAAGAAUGAUCUUCGCGCAGCCUUUGACUCCGUUGGUCGAUUGGCAACUGAUAAGGAAAUCGAAGAAAUGCUUAAUGAAGCACCAGCGCCCAUCAAUUUCACUCAACUAUUGAACUUAUUCGCUGUUCGUAUGUCAGGAUCGGGUGCUGACGAGGACGAUGUUGUAAUCAAUGCCUUCAAGACAUUCGACGAGAAUGGCAAAAUCGACGGUGAAAGAUUAAGGCAUGCUUUAAUGACGUGGGGUGAUAAAUUCACGCCAAAAGAAGUAAACGACGCAUUCGAUCAGAUGUACAUCGAUGAUAAAGGUUUCAUCGAUACUCCAAGUUUAAUUGCCAUGUUAACUGGUACAGGUGAAGAAGAGGAGGAAUAAGACCAAUUCAAAUUAUAUAAUCAAGAAAAAAAUGUUCCUCGUGGUUGAAACUUCGUCAUAAUAUCAGAUAAUAUCAGAUUCACACAAAAUUUGCCUUAAGACAGAAAUUUUAUAUUUAAUCCUCCACCUUUCUUGCCUUCUCUCUCUCUCUUUCUCUCUCUCUCUCUCUCUCUCUCUCUCUCUUUCUCUCUCUCUCCCCUUCUCUUCAUACUUUUCUACUAGUUGACAAAGAUGUAACGAGAAUGAAAUUACUAUAUCAUUCAAUCUAAACAACUUUAGACUAAAUAAGAGAAUGAACAUCGUCUCAUUUGCUUUCUGCUCAUUUUUAAAAAUAUUUUUUCAUCUUUCUCUGUUUUUUUUUGCUAUUUUUUGUUCUUUUCUCUCUCCAUAUUUCUCUCUCUCUCUCUCUCUCUCUCUCUCUCUCUCUCUCUCUCUCUCUCUCUCCUAUAUUUAUUUUUUUUUUCUAUAAAGCUUUUUCUCCCGUUCCUUAUUGAAAUGAAUAUUUCUCUUUAUCUUUUGUCGCUUUCUUUCUCUUUUAAUUUUUCCAUCUAAUAUUUUGUUUUCUCUCUCUCUCUCUCUCUCUCUCUCCCUCUCCCUCCCCCUCUCUACCUGUCUUUAUCUUCUUGCUAGAAAUAUUAUUGAUUCCAGAGAAAACAGCGAAUCUAAAAAAACAAUAAAUUCCAAUAGAAUUCAUCCAGGUAUACGAAUUAAUAUUCAGAAACGUGAAAUGAUUAAUAAUCUUAAGAUUGAACAUCAAAUGUUCAAUUCUUUUGAACAGAAAAUAUAUUUGAACUGUUUAAAUUCAUUUUAGAUAAAAAAGUUCAAAAUUAUUAUAAUUCAAAUUUGAAAAAUUAGAAGUAUUACGCACAAUAAGUGAAAUAAGGAAAAUCAAAUAAAGAAUAACGAAUAAUAUAUUGAAAGAAAACACAUAAAAUGUUCUUUAUUCAACAUAUUUAACUUAUUCCUUAUUUUUUGUUCCUUAUCCUUAUUCUUUGAUUUCUGUUUUUUAAUUCUCCAUUUAUUGUGCAUAGCUCUUUAAUGUAAAAAAAAAAACUCAUAGAAAUUUGCUCCUUUGUUCCUAAUGCAGAUUGCAUUUUCAAUCUGUUUUACUGUAUGAACUAUAUAAGCUAUUGACAUAAAAAAUCAAUAUGUAGACCAAAAGCUUAAGUUCGAACUGUCCAACUGUCUAAAUAUUCAAAUUAAUGCUCUUUUUUUAUUUCGAACUAUUUGAACAGAUCAAACAUACAAUGUGUUCGAAUAUUUUGUCUAAACCCUAAUACAAACUAUGUCGAUAAAAAAAGCUUUAUCCUGCCUUUUUCUCAUUUACAUAUAAUAAAAAUAUUAAUUCCUUAUAGUAUUCUAUUUCAAUAAAAAUUCUGUAAAUUUUGUCAAUAGCUUUGAAUCAUUAUUCUGUCGUUAGAAUCGAUUUAACCUUUCGAAUUGCAAGUGAUUAGACAGAUAUUAUAUAUUUUUUGCUAUCUCUAAAAAUCUGGAUAUACGGCAAUUUGAGUCAAUCAACAAAAAAACCUUAUCAUACAUAAAAAUGCUGCCUUCAUUUUUAUAGAUAUACCUCAGAUUACGUUCUAUAAAAUAUAAUGUAAAAUAUGAUAUGAAAUACACACCUUUUCAUGUAUUAUUAAUGUAACAUAAUACAUAAUAAAGAAAUCAUUGACAAUAA